AUGUCACAACAUCAAGAUACAUCUGCUUCUAAAAAUACUAAGUCUACUCCAAAAGUUAGUGUUCCUCCCAUGGGCGUCCAUGAUGAUGAGAUUUUGGAUGUUGCUCCUCUCUCUGUUAUUCCCGGCACAGACAUUGAUUUGAACCAACCCAUCUCCAUUGAUGCCUACGUUGCUACAUGUUCCAAACAAGGUAAUCCCUCUAGUAUUCUGUCUGGUUCAACUCCUGUCACAAACUCUAAGGAAGGAACACAUUAUACUGAUCGUGUUAUAAGAGACCUAGUUACUAGAAUCCUUAUUGAAGGUCACUAUGUGAAGGGAAUUUCUACUCCCCUUUCUCAAAUGCAUCCCUCUCCUGAGGUUGAACAACCUAGUGGUAAGGCUGAUGAUUCCUCCAGUUCUGAAAAGGACUUGGUUGCUGAAGGGUUACGCUUUCUAGGGCAAACAAUGUCUGAAAAAGGGAAAUUUGUGGCCUCUAACGCUGCUAAUGCUUCCCACUCUAAGAAGCAUGAUGAUUCAAACGUUGUGAUUGAUCUAGAGGAUGGUAGCUCUGAUGAUCAAGAAGAAAGCUUGAUUCAUCAUAUAAAGCCAAGUGUGGCUAAACACAUGAAGACUCAUAAAGGAAGUUUUGUGGCGGAAAUUAUGUCAGCUAGAAAAGCUAAGAAGACUGCUGGUAUUGGUCCCUCCAAACCAUGGAGCAAGGUUAAAAUAAAAAAGAGGAAGGUCAAAGAUGACUCUGAGCCUGAAGAGGAUGUUGAGGAAGAUGUCCCUAACAUCUCGCCUGCGAAGAAAACUACUAUUAGAAAGUCUCUUGUUAAUAGAAGGGUAGUUGUGGAAAGGGAAUUGGGAAAAGAGGUUGUUGAUGUCAAGGAGGUCAUGGACCUGAUAAAAGCUAUUGGGCUUUUGAAGACUAUUGCUGGGUUCUCUCAAUGCUACGAAGAUUUAGUCAAGGAAUUUAUUGUUAACAUUCCUGAGGAUAUUUCUGAUAAGAACAACAAGGAGUUCUGCAAGGUGUAUGUGAGGGGCAGAAAAAAUGAGGGUGCAGGAGAAUUAGAAGUUAUACACAAUCAGGUCUGUAGGGAAGUUACAACUAGGCAGGUGAAAGUUUGGCCUGUUAAAAAGCAUCUUCCUGCUGGGAUGUUGACUGUCAAGAGACAACCAGCUCUGUCUGUGCACUACAAACUCUUUGAAGGCAGUCAUGUCGAGGAUAUUGUCAUGACAUCUUCCAUGAAGAGGUCAGCCUCAAAAGUUGGAGCAAUUAUUGAGCUUAAGGAGGCAUGCAAAGAGCUAGGUGAAGGGAUUAGGGUAGCCAGAACUAGAAAACAAUCUUUGGAAUCCUUGAUUGCAAGCUUGGAGCAGGCUGAGGGUGAAAAUGAUGAACAUGCUAAUGUCAUCCAUGAAGAAGAAGCUAAAGCCCACACCUCUAGUGAGAGGUCUGCUAACAAUGAUAAUGCGAGUGGCAAUUCUGCUUCUAGUGCUGAUGAAGAGGCUGCAAACUCAAGCUCUACUGAGUAG